UGUAGACGGAUUCCCGGAGCCCUCCGUUUCCUCUCCUCUCUCUCUGUCCCCGGGUUGUCUCUGGUCGCUCCCCGCUCCGGACAGCGGCCCGCAGGCAGACAUGACGCCGGACUCUGAGCUUCUGACGGCGGUCCAAACCUUCUGCUCCCAGGCGGAGCUCAUCAUGAGGCUGGCGGCCCAGACUGCGGUCCUGGACGGAGGAGGGACCCCGCUCAGCGUCUUUUUGGACAUCCUGUCCAAGGAGACGGUACGCAGACUGUGUGCUGUUUUCAAAGAGCUGUACACUGGCGUCCUGAUUCAGAAUCGCGCUCUGAGGGACCAGAUGAGACGAGCGGAGACGGACAGGACGGCUUGCCAGAAGACGCCUGCAGCGGUGGACACGUCGGUCGACCUCCAGAGAGCUGGUGAGCCCCGCUGCGGAGCGACGCACUGGACACACGCUGCGAAGGACACGUGUUCAAAUCCCUCCGACCAUGCGGCGUUUCCAGAUGGACCUGCGGAGCACACGUCCAAACCCGUCACACACCAGGACGGCCUCCAUGAGGGUCCAGCUGGCAUCAAGUCUGAAGUGGUCUUAGAAGCUGCUCCAGGUCCUGGACUUGAGGAUCUCCUGCAGGCCACCGGGGACGUGACAUCACUUCCUGUGGCUCACGACGAAGACGUGAUGGCUUCAGAAGUGGAGAUGGUUGUGGACGCUGCUGAGUGUCUCCAGCUGGACGCAGCAGGAGACGGCGAGGACCAGAAGGUCCCUGACAGCGAGACAGGGUCUCCUCAGCCCCUCCUGAGUGAGGAGGCGCAGAAGGAGCAGGAGAGGCGGCGGCGGCGGGAGCGCUACAAGGAGAAGCGCUUCUUCUGCGAGCUGUGCUCCCGAGGCUUCCACCAGAAGCACCAGCUGCUCAAACACUCGUCGUGCCACCGCAAGCCGUUUCCCUGCAGCCUGUGCGAGCGCGGCUUCUACCGGGCGCCGACGCUGCAGCGCCACCUGCUGCUGCACCGCCUGCGGGAGGCGCAGCAGAGAGACCCCGACAAGCUGCUGGCCUGCGAGCAGUGCGGCCGCAAGUUCCGCCUGCUGCGCCAGCUGCGGGCGCACCAGGCCACCCACCGGGCCGAGCGGGCGCCGCUGCGCUGCCCGGUCUGCGAGCGCACCUUCACCUCGGCGCGCGCGCUGCGCUACCACCAGGCGGCGCACGCCGCCAGCAAGCCCUUCAUGUGCGACGUGUGCGGCAAGAGCUACGUCCGCAAGAAGAGCCUGCGGGAGCACCAGGCCGUCCACACCGGCGCCCGGCCGUACGCCUGCGCCGUCUGCGGCAAGACCUUCUCCACCGCCGGCAACCUGCGCGUGCACAAGCGCUCGCACUCCGACGAGCGGCCGCACAAGUGCGGCGAGUGCGACAAGGCGUUCAAGUGCCGCAUGAGUCUGCUGCAGCACGGCGUGGUGCACAGCGGCGAGAAGCCCUUCGCCUGCCUCACCUGCGGCAUGCGCUUCGGACUCAAGUACAACUUCCAGAGGCACCAGAGGCUGCACAGCGGGGAGAAGAGCCUCAGGUGUGAGACCUGUGGGGAGGGCUUCUACGGGACCUGGGCUCUGAAGACCCACAUGCUGGUUCACGGCGUGGAGAAGCAGUUCAUGUGUGACCUCUGUGGGAAGACCUUCUUCUACAACUGCCAGCUGCAGAAGCACCAGCAGCUGGUGCACGCCGCCUCCGGCAGGGGGCGCCGUAGCAGCGGGGCGGGGACGCGCGCCGAGGGGGCGGAGCUCCGGCCGGCGGCCGCCAAAGCCUUCAGCUGCCAGACGUGUCUGAAGAGCUUCAGCAGCAGCGGCUCGCUGAGGACGCACGAGAAGACCCACAAAGACAAGGAGUACAGCUGCGAGCUGUGCGGGAAGGAGUUCCACCUGCGCCACCUCUACCUGUCCCACCUGCGCCAGCACUCCGGCCACCGCUCCUACUUCUGCCCCGUCUGCCACAAGGGCUUCCUGCUGGCGGCGCAGCUGAGGCAGCACGAGCUGCUGCACUCCGGGGUCAAGCCCCACCGCUGCCAGCAGUGCGGCAAGGAGUUCCGGACCCCCCAGAACUACCACCGCCACCUGCGGAUCCACACCGGCGUCAAGCCGUACCAGUGCACCGUGUGCAGCCGCCGCUUCCGGCAGUCCAAUCAGCUCAAGUCCCACAUGCAGAUCCACACCGGCAUCAAGCUGUACUCCUGCCCGCGCUGCCAGCAGGGCUUCUCCGACUCCCGGCGCCUCAAGAAGCACCGCUGUGUGGACCAGGACCAGAACCAGAGCCAGAGCCAGGACCAGGUGGAGUCCGCACCGGGGACUUGGCCCGAAGCCACAGGACCCGGUCCUGGAGCAGGUCCUGUGGUCGGGACGGAACCCGUUAGCUUAGUGUGACCUCAGAGACGCCAAAAUAAAAUCUU